AUCCAACUAGGAAAAAAAUAUAUCAACCAAUAGAAUUUCCCCACGCGAUAUUGCUGACAGUUCCAUUUAAAAUGGCCACGCGGUGUGUGAUGCAGCGGGUAGUUUUUCCUAUUUUUAUAAUAAUUAUAUCCUUAACAAAUAUACUUGGAGUAACUGGUACUCCCUACGUCACUUACAGCUCCGUUUUAAAAUUAUUAAAUGUUGACUAUAAAGUAAGGUUGCACUCUCACGAUGUCAAGUAUGGCAGUGGAAGUGGACAACAAUCCGUAACAGCGACAGAAGUUGAGACUGAUGCUAAUUCAUAUUGGUUUGUCAAGGGUCCCACUAAAAAACCAUUCACCAGAGGAGAACCUAUAAAAUGUGGAGAUACGGUAAGAUUCGAGCAUGUAAAUACUAAAAAAAAUCUUCAUUCCCAUUUAAUGCGCUCACCAUUGAGCGGCAAGCAAGAAGUAUCAGCUUAUGGUGACCAAAAAGGCGAGGGUGAUUCGGGUGAUCACUGGAUGGUUGUUUGCAACUCAGAAUAUUGGGAUAGACGUGAGCCAGUUACUCUUCAGCAUAUCGAUACUCAAGUAUUUUUAUCUGUAAGCGGAAGAUCAUACGGAUCUCCAAUUGCGGGACAAAUGGAAGUAGUCGGAGAACACUCGGUACAUAGUGGGUACACGCAAUGGCAAGCGAUGGAAGGACUUUUCAUCAACCCGACAAGCUUACACGGCAGUAGGCACGAUGAACUUUAGAUGAAUCAUUUGAGAUAAUUUAUGAUUAAAUAAAUUUAAAGACUAAGACUAAAAUACAAUAAAAGUUAAGGCAUAAUAAUUAAUUUAAAUUAAUUGUCUUCAAGACUCUGACAUCACUCCAUCGAUAAUUGAGUUGUAAAUAUAUUCCACUUGAUAUGUCAAUGCAUAAAUGUUAAUUUUUGUUUGUCGGUGUGAAUGAACCAAAGCGUGAGGAUUAUCAAUAAAUAAUUAAAUUAAAUA